AUGGAUCUAUUGUACACAGCGCCAGUGAAGGCCGUACUCACGGCUCUUGUCACAACCUUGGUACCUUUCUUGACUUAUGUCGUGUUCCUAUCGUAUACCCCAACAGUUGACAAGAAGUCGCCCGAAUUCACACCAAACACUGUCCCACUCGUGGGCUCCUGGGGUUUCUUCACCCAAAAAUGGGCCUUCUGGAAAGACUGUGUGGCCAAGUCCAAAAAAGGCCACUUCAGCUUUUGGCUGGGCAAGAUCCAUGUCGUGGGGGUAUCUGGCGCAGCAGCCCGCAAGGUCUUUCUCGAUACCCAUAACUUCGACUUUGUGCGCGGAGCUGCUCUUGUUGGCCAUGGACCGGACUUUGUCCCUCCUCUUCACGAGAUCUUCCACCCCAACUACCAAAACGGCAGAAGCUACUUCCAGCGUCGGUUGGUUGACUUGCAAAAAUCGGAGCAGCUGGCCAAACAUCUGCCCAGUGUGACGAGGGAUGCUCGAGUGGCCUUUGAAGCCCUUCGUAACAACCCCUCUGGGAUUAUGAACCCAACAGAUGCAUGCUAUAGGUUAGUCGUGCAGCAGGCUUGUCGCGUCGUGUGCAGCGAUGAAAUCUCAGACAACCCUAAGCUGCUUGCAAAGUGCCAGGACGUCCUGACACUGCUGAUGCACACUAGCAGCAUCCACACAGUUGCACUUCCGUAUCUGCCCUCGAUUGCCAAGAUGAAGCGCCGAUGGGGAAGAUACGGGCUGAGCAAUAUUGUAACCCCGAUCGUUAAGCGACGGUUACAGAAGGGAGCCACGCGCAGGGAGGAUAUUGUCCAGCAUAUGGUUGAUAGCGGUGAUUCACAAGAAUGGAUGGUCAACUUUUUUAUCAGCAUCCUGUUCAUUGCCUCCGCCAAUGCGGGGUAUCUGUGCGGCGCUAUGCUGAAUAUUGUCGCCCACCACCCACAAUGGCAAGCCAGGAUAUACAGCGAGAUAGAAGCUGUCGCUGAGGCGCAUUCAAAGAGUUCCAAGGCACCAUUAGUGGAUCAACUCGACAGCAUCCCGCUAGACGCGUGGGAAACUUUCUUCCCUUCCAUUGACCUCUGUUUCAAGGAAGCCAUUCGCAUGUGGGUUGCGUUCCCAAUGAUCCGUCUCAACAUGGCUUCGCAGUCGGUUGCGAUCCCAGGCACAGAUGAGGUCAUUCCUGCGGGCACAUUCGCGGCCUACAACACUACCGAAGUUCACUUCAAUCCAGAGCUGUACCCAGAUCCAUACAAGUACGACCCCGAUCGAUUCCGCGAAGGUCGGGAGGAGUUUAAGAAGGAGGUUUAUGGGUUUGUCGGCUGGGGUCAAGGUCGCCACCCCUGCAUGGGUAUGCGGUGGGCCAAGAUACAGCUAAAUAUCAUGCUUGCGUAUGCCCUUGCGAUGUUUGAGUGGAGCGGAUGCGAUGAAAAUGGACAGCCUAGCACUCAUUUUGACCGCAAGACAGAUCUAAAUGCUGCGGGUCCGAGUUUACCCGUUGGACUGUUUUGCAAAUAUGUGUCCAGGAACAAGGCUUGA